AUGGAGCCGGCCCGGGAGCCCCCCGCGCGGACCCGGCCGCCGCCGCCCCCCGCCGCCCGCCCCGCGCCCGCCCCCGCCGCUCCCAGGCCGCGCUCGCCCGCUGAGGCGGAGGGCCGCGGUCCCGAGGGGCUGCUGCGGCGAUCGGGGUCGGGCUACGAGGGCAGCACCAGCUGGAAGGCGGCCUUGGAGGACACCACCACGCGUCUCCUGCUGGGGGCCAUCGCCGUGCUUCUGUUCGCCAUCCUGGUGGUGAUGAGCAUCUUGGCUUCCAAGGGCUGCAUCAAGUGUGAGGCGCCCUGCCCGGAGGACUGGCUGCUCUACGGACGGAAAUGCUACUUCUUUUCUGAGGAACCGAGAGACUGGAACACGGGCAGGCAGUACUGCCACACCCACGAGGCCGCGCUGGCUGUGAUCCAGAGCCAGAAGGAGCUGGAGUUCAUGUUCAAGUUCACACGGAGGGAGCCCUGGAUUGGUCUGCGCAGAGUUGGGGAUGAGUUCCACUGGGUCAAUGGGGACCCGUUUGACCCGGACACAUUCCCCAUUGCGGGCCCGGGGGAGUGUGUCUUCGUGGAGCCCACCAGGUUGGUGUCGACGGAGUGUCUGAUGACCCGACCCUGGGUGUGCAGCAAGAUGGCCUACACGUGAGGCCCAGCUCGAGGCUCCCUGGGACUCCUUCCAGGACAGUGGCAGCCCUCAGUGACCGCUCCCUCUCCCCAACACCUCCAGCACUUAAGACUGAGUCUCUCACACGGCCCAGUCUGUUGAAACUUUUCAUCUGUGACUCAUCCUUUCAUAUCAUCUGAUUGCUCUUGUCAUCCAAUUACAAGCCCCUGGAUAGCAGGGAAUGUGUGUUGUCAGCCUCUCUGUAGCACACAUGGCAUGUGCUAAAAAACCGUUGUAUAUGACAGUA